GCAGCGGAAGUUUGUGCACGCACGUGAGCUCACCUUGACGCUCGGGUGACGCUCGGGGCUGUGUCGGAGUGAACUGGGGUAAAUGUCGGACACUUCUGCGCAGUCACGGCCUAAACCCGAGACAACCGGAGCAUCAGACGGACAGCGGCACCUCGGACCACACGCAGCCGGUCUCACAGCGUCACAGAUGGGCGAGAAGGACCAGAGCAGCCCCGGGGAGGUGAAGUACUACCGGCUCUCCGAGAUCGAGCAACAGAACUCCUUCAAAUCAACGUGGAUCAUCAUUCACAACAAAGUUUACGAUGUCACCAAGUUUCUGGAAGAGCACCCGGGUGGAGAGGAGGUCCUAAGGGAGCAGGCAGGUGGAGAUGCCACAGAGAGCUUUGAGGACGUGGGCCAUUCAACCGACGCACGAGAGAUGGCUAAAGACAUGAUCAUCGGAGAACUGCACCCGGACGACUGGGAGAAGAUUGUCAAACCUGAGGACACAGUGGUGACCACCCUACAUGAUGAGCCCAGUUUCUGGUCUAAUUGGCUGAUCCCUCUGCUGGCGGCUGGAGUGGUGACAAUGAUGUACCGCAUGUACUCCAGCGAGAGCCAGUGACAUCAUCACAUCAUCACCGUGACGACUGCAUCCUCCUGACAUCACCGUGACGGCCGCAUCCCCCUGACAACAUCGCUGUGACAACUGUAUCCUCUUGACAUCACAGUGGUUACCUCACCUGUCUGAAACAGCCAAUCAGAUUUGAGCAGCAGGCGAUAACUGAACUCCAACCAAUAAGAUUAAGGCACUAUUAAUAAAGAGAAUUUUACAAAUUUCCAAAUAUAUAUUUAGUAUGUUUUUAAUACUGCUUUAGACCUGGUUUAGACCUUCUUUAGGUCUGUUUUAGACCUGGUUUAGACCUGGUUUAAACAUGGUUUACUCCUGGUUUAGUCUUGUUUUAAACCUGGUUUGGUCUUGGUUUAGACCUGGCUUAGAUAUGGUUUUGUUCUGGUUUAGAUCUUUAGAAAAAGACACAUUUCAUGAAUUUGUUUUUGUGUGUGUGUGAUGUCAUAAUUACAUAAUCAGUGACGUCACUGACUUGAACCAGCCAAUCACGUUUGAGCCACGGAUGGGCUGACCAACCAGAGCCAAGCCAUAUUCGUUCAAAUAUGUAGAUUUUAUAUAAAAUUAUGUAAUUUUUAUUUUUUGUUUUACAUGAAUUAUUUUAAAUCUGCAGCAUUCCUUUUAUUAAUGAAAAAUAAAAUCAUAUUUUUGAAUCUU